GUCCCUGUGGGAGCUGGUGCUGGAACAGUUUGAGGACCUCUUGGUGCGCAUCCUCCUGCUGGCAGCCCUGGUCUCCUUCGUCCUGGCCUGCUUCGAGGAGGGCGAGGAGACCAUGACUGCCUUCGUGGAGCCCCUGGUCAUCAUGCUGAUCCUUGUGGCCAAUGCCAUUGUGGGCGUGUGGCAGGAACGCAAUGCUGAGAGUGCCAUUGAGGCCUUGAAGGAGUAUGAGCCUGAGAUGGGCAAGGUGAUCCGCUCCGAUCGCAAGGGUGUGCAGAGGAUCCAUGCCCGGGACAUCGUCCCUGGAGACAUUGUUGAGGUGGCAGUGGGGGACAAAGUGCCUGCCGACCUCCGCCUCAUCGAGAUCAAGUCAACCACGCUGAGAGUGGACCAGUCCAUCCUGACAGGUGAAUCUGUGUCCGUGACUAAACACACACAUGCCAUCCCAGACCCCAGAGCUGUGAACCAGGACAAGAAGAACAUGCUGUUUUCUGGCACCAAUAUCGCCUCGGGCAAGGCAGUGGGUGUGGCAGUGGCCACUGGCCUACACACAGAGCUGGGCAAGAUCCGCAGCCAGAUGGCAGCGGUGGAGCCAGAGCGGACGCCGUUGCAACGUAAGAUGGAUGAAUUUGGGAGGCAGCUGUCUCAUGCCAUUUCCGUGAUCUGCGUAGCUGUGUGGGUCAUCAACAUCAACCACUUUGCCGACCCAGCCCACGGCGGCUCGUGGCUACGCGGUGCCGUCUACUACUUCAAGAUCGCCGUGGCCCUGGCUGUGGCUGCCAUCCCUGAGGGCCUCCCUGCUGUCAUCACUACAUGCCUGGCUUUGGGCACAAGACGCAUGGCACGCAAGAACGCCAUCGUGCGGAGCCUGCCCUCUGUGGAGACCCUGGGCUGUACCUCGGUCAUCUGCUCUGACAAGACAGGCACACUCACCACCAAUCAAAUGUCUGUCUGCCGGAUGUUCGUGGUAGCCGAAGCGGAAGCAGACUCCUGCCGUUUGCACGAGUUCACCAUCUCUGGUACCACGUACGCCCCAGAGGGCGAAGUGCGGCAAGGGGAGCAGCCCGUGCGCUGUGGGCAGUUCGAUGGACUGGUGGAGCUGGCAACCAUCUGCGCCCUGUGCAAUGACUCGGCGCUGGACUACAAUGAGGCUAAGGGCAUAUAUGAGAAGGUGGGAGAGGCCACAGAGACGGCUCUGACUUGCCUGGUGGAGAAGAUGAAUGUGUUCGACACCGACCUGCAGACCCUGUCCCGGGUGGAGCGAGCUGGCGCCUGCAAUGCAGUCAUCAAGCAGCUGAUGCGGAAGGAGUUUACUCUCGAGUUCUCCCGAGACCGGAAGUCCAUGUCGGUGUACUGCACUCCCACUCGCCCUGACCCCACCGGCCCUGGUAGCAAGAUGUUUGUGAAGGGGGCUCCCGAGAGUGUGAUUGAGCGCUGUAGCUCCGUCCGUGUGGGGAACCGCACCGUCCCCCUGACCACCACCUCCAGGGAGCAGAUCCUGGCGAAGAUCCGGGAUUGGGGCUCCGGCUCAGACACACUGCGCUGCCUAGCACUGGCUACCCGGGACACACCGCCGAGGAAGGAGGACAUGCAGCUGGACGACUGCAGCACAUUUGUGCAGUACGAGACAGACCUGACCUUCGUGGGCUGCGUGGGCAUGCUGGACCCUCCGAGGCCCGAGGUAGCUGCCUGUAUCACACGCUGCCACCAGGCGGGCAUCCGAGUGGUCAUGAUCACAGGGGAUAACAAAGGCACGGCUGUGGCCAUCUGCCGACGGCUCGGCAUCUUUGGGGACAUGGAGGAUGUGGAGGGCAAGGCCUACACAGGCCGCGAAUUUGAUGACCUCAGCCCUGAGCAGCAGCGCCAAGCCUGCCGCACCGCCUGCUGCUUCGCCCGUGUGGAGCCCGCGCACAAGUCCCGCAUUGUGGAGAACCUGCAGUCCUUUAAUGAGAUCACCGCCAUGACUGGUGAUGGGGUGAACGAUGCACCAGCUCUGAAGAAAGCAGAAAUCGGCAUUGCUAUGGGCUCAGGCACUGCUGUGGCCAAGUCAGCGGCAGAGAUGGUGCUGUCAGAUGACAACUUUGCCUCAAUCGUGGCUGCGGUGGAGGAGGGCCGGGCCAUCUACAACAACAUGAAGCAAUUCAUCCGCUACCUCAUCUCCUCCAACGUUGGCGAGGUUGUCUGCAUCUUCCUCACAGCAAUUCUGGGCCUGCCCGAAGCUCUGAUCCCUGUGCAGCUGCUCUGGGUCAACCUAGUGACAGACGGCCUACCUGCCACAGCCCUGGGCUUCAACCCACCAGAUUUAGACAUCAUGGAGAAGCUGCCCCGGAACCCCCAUGAGGCCCUCAUCAGUGGCUGGCUCUUCUUCAGAUAUCUGGCUAUUGGAGUGUACGUAGGCCUGGCCACAGUGGCUGCUGCCACCUGGUGGUUCCUGUAUGAUGCCGAAGGACCUCAUGUCACCUUCUACCAGCUGAGGAACUUCCUUAAGUGCUCCGAAGAUAACCCAGUCUUCACUGGUGUCGACUGCGAGGUCUUUGAGUCACGCUUUCCCACCACCAUGGCCUUGUCUGUGCUUGUGACCAUUGAAAUGUGCAACGCUCUCAACAGCGUCUCAGAGAACCAAUCACUGCUCCGGAUGCCGCCCUGGCUGAACCCCUGGCUGCUGGCAGCUGUGGCCAUGUCCAUGGCGCUGCACUUCCUUAUCCUGCUCGUGCCACCCCUGCCCCUCAUUUUCCAGGUGACCCCACUGAGCGGGCGCCAGUGGGUGGUGGUGCUCCAGAUAUCCCUGCCUGUCAUCCUGCUGGAUGAGGCCCUCAAGUACCUGUCCCGGAACCACAUGGAAGGCAUUCUCAGGACAGUUUCCCAGGCUUGGAGUAGGCAGCCGCUGACCACCUCCGGGACCCCAGACAACACCGGAAGACAAGAUGCAAAAGUGAGUGCUGGGAACAGAGUGGAUUCUCCAGUGUGUACCUCAGACUGAUGGUGCCCGGCAUCACCCCACGCCCUUCCCUGCCACCACGCUCACCUACUUGCCUACUGGGCCUGCCGGACACACAAUAGGCCUGAAGCCAGAGCCCCUCUCUGCUCAAGUGCACAAGCCCGUCCCAGAGCCUGCUUCUCGAUGCUUGGAGGCUGGGCAUUUGCUUGAUGACUGGUGCCUCUGCAGUGAUGGAGGACUCUUGGGGGCCCUUCUUACUGGCUCUGACCUCUCCCUUAUUGCCUGGUCUGGGGCCUGUUUGGCUCCAGGGAGGGGAUUCUGGAGGGGCCAUCUGGGCCCAGCUGUGCACAGCGAGGGUGCCCCCCCCACUCUGUUCUGCUUCCACCCAGUCGGCUCCUGAGAGCUUGAGCCUGUUUCUGUUUAUAUGUACAGGCCCCAGGGGGGUUGAAGGGUCAGAGAAGGAGACACAAGGCAUGAGGAGGAGGGGCAGGGCAAGGAUCCCCUUUCCCAGGAGACAAGUUGGCCCCACUGCCUCAGCUCGCUCACUUCCUAGACUCAGGUUUCCCUGACCCAUGCAGAUAAAGCCUACAGUCUUGCCUGGCCUGCCCAGCAGAGGUUGGAUGUGUUGCCCCUGUUCCUUGUGCCUGGCACCCCAGACAACCUCGAGUCCCUGACCACUGUGCCCUCCCUCUCAGCCCAGGGGUUGGCCCGUCGUGAUGUCUGCACAGCCCAGUGACUGGUUGCUUUUGGCCUCACUACGUUCCCCCACCCACCCACACACACCCACGAGCCAACAGGAGGUCACUAAGGAUGGCUAAUUACCACUUCCCUUCCCUACUCCUCGCUGGAGGACACAUCUGCGCAGAUCCUGUCAGAUGCUGGGGAGACAGCAUUUGAUGGACAGAAUUUUUCUCUGAACUCAGCUUUUGUUCCUUUGGCAAAAACUAGGUGUAGCAGAAGACAGUGAGUGAGGACUGUCUGUGUGUCUUUGCCCUUCCUAGAGAGUGUACAAAAUGAUUGUUUCCUAUGUAAACCAAGACUCAUAUCCUUGUCCUGGUCCCAGAACCAAAAGGCCCCCAGUCUGCCUUGCAGGCAAAUGGUCUCCACAUUCUGCAGCCCAUUCCCCCUGCUCCCUCCCCUCUCUUGCAGGUUCUGGUUGGAGGGGGCUGUCUGCUGCCUCGAGAGAUUCCCUCCUGCUUUCCUGAGAUGGGGGGAGAUUUUAGCAGGGGCAGGGCCCUGUACCCAUCUGCUGACAUACUGUUUGUUAGAGAAAUAAAGAUUGUGUGCCUGGGGCAGUGGAGGACCCUCCCGUAA